CUUCCCUCCACAUCAGUAUCUGAACGGGACGCCCAACUCAUUCCCUCGUUUUUCUGUUCCUUGCACCGUUUCUUCUCCUCUCCCGCUUCUUUUCGUUUCUCCCGAUCCGCUCUCACUCCAUCGCCGGAAUCCUCUACUCUCUUGCGCCGAUUUCUUUUCCUCUCCAGUUUCUUUUCUUGCGCCGGUUUCUUGGACAAUUCCUCGUGAAUUUUCGUUUCGGAGAUUCUCGGUGGGAUCAACGGUCGCCUCCAUGUCGGAAUCUCAGAAACCUUCAAAAUCCCCUCCGCCGAAGCGGCAGCUCCAUCCCGCGGUGUUCUCCAUGAGGUCGGCGGCGUUCGGCGAUUACCACCGGUUUGACGCGACGAAGCGUGGCGGAGCUUCUGAUCAAGAGACUGAGGCGAUCGUCUUUAAGUCUCCGUCGCAAGUCCGUCAAGCUUUGAGUCUUCAUCAGCAUCCGAAGCCGGAGACAGAUACUGCAAACCGAACACCUGAGUCUAAUGAAUUGUCUACUGAAGAAGAAGAAGAAGAAGAAGAAGUGGGGAAGUCUAACGACUCCAUCCAUACACCUGUAUCAGAAGAAGUGGGGAAGGCACAAAACUCUUCUGAUUCUAAAAAGGGUUCUCCUGGCGACAACUUCGGUCAGGCCGGUACUAGUCGGUACAACAGUUCGCUAGGUGUCUUGACAAAGAAUCUCGUCAAUUUAAUAAAACAUGUAGAGGAUGGUAUUCUUGACCUAAGGGAAGCCGCUGCCAUUCUGCAGGUGAAAAAGAGGCGGUUAUAUGAUAUAACAAAUGUGUUAGAAGGAAUUGGUUUGAUGGAGAAGACAGUCAAGAACAAAAUCCAAUGGAAGGGACUCGAUGUCUCAAGCCCGGAAGAAACAGCUGAAAGUAUAGCCAAGUUACAGGAAGAAACACAAAACCUUACAGCAGAGGAAACAAAAUUGGAUGAGCAAAUUAGAGAAAUGCAAGAAAAAAUUUCGAGCUUGAGCGAGGAUGAAAAUAACAAAAAGCUUCUGUUUGUCACUAAAGAGGAUAUUAAUAGCAUACCAAGUUUCCAGAAUGAAACCCUGAUAGCUGUCAGUGCGCUGCCUGGAACAAUGCUUGAGGUGCCGGAUCCUGAUGAGGGGGGUGAUUCUACUCAAAGAAGAUAUAGCAUUUGUCUCAGAAGCACAAUGGGGCCAAUAGACGUGUAUUUAGUGAGUGAAUUCGAAGAGUUAUCUUCAAGAGUUAUGCUUGCUGGGGAAAAUGGUGCUGAUGCGGCUUUGGAUCUCCCGUCAACUUCUGGUUCGCAUGAGAACCAAGAAACAGCCACAGACAACAAUAUGGAAUCGCAGGAACAAGGUGUUGCUCAAAUUAUGUGUUCAGACAACGAGCUUGAUGACUUUGUUAAUGGGAUUUUGAAUACAGUUCCUUCCGAUUGGGAUGCGGGUAUGGAUUACUGGUUGCUAUCAGAGGCAGACGAUGUUAGCAUUACCGAGAGGUGGCUGAGUGAGCCCGAGGUCAACUUGAAUCCAUCCAGCUCUCAUGACCAAGAGUCUGCUCCCCCCGGCGGCACAACCCUGCAGCAGCCUCAACCUCCAUCCAGUCCGAAAGCAGAGCAUUCCGCUGCUAAAUCUACGGGUAGCUGAAGUAAC